GCCGCAUAAGCGGCGCUGCUGGGCCAGUUCCGCCACCCGAGGCGCCGCAGCCCCGGUUCCAACACAAGGUGUGAUCCUGGAUCCGCGACUGAGCCUAAUCGUUUCAGCAAAGUAGGGGAGUCUUAUGCAGGUAGUUGGAUUCACUCGGGGAAUGAAAGUAAUUUAUGAUUCUGAGACGUGUGAUGUCUUGGAAGGGCGGGACGUUUUGGGGAAAACAGAACCGAAAGUCACGAAACAGGGUCCGAAGAACAGACCGGUGCCAUGGCAGAGCUGGAGGGUUUAAUCGAAGAGUUGACGUGUCCCAUCUGUCUGGAGAUCUUCGUCGACCCGGUAUCUCUGCAAUGUGGCCAUCACUUCUGCGGACCCUGCAUCUCUCAGGCUUUGGAGCAGACCACCGGACGGAAUGCCUGUCCCCAGUGUCGGCAGGUCUUCACGGAGAUCAACGCCAGGCCUGCUCGGAGGCUCAGCAUCAUUGUGGAGCAGGCUAGGCUGCUGAAUGAGAAACUGACGCGGCAGAGGUGGGAGCCUUGCUGUCAGGAACACGGGGAGAAGCUGAAGCUCUUCUGUUUUAGGGAGCUGGAGGUCAUUUGUGUGGACUGCUGGAACGCCCGGCAUCAAAGUCACGAAGUCAUCCCUGUGAAGAAGGCAGCCCUGUUGUACAAGAAAGAACUCAAGGAAGCUUUGGUCUUGUUGGAAGGAAAACUGCAAGUGGUUACUGAAAAGAAAAUGAAAGAAGAAGCGAAAAUAGGAACAGUGAGGGCUGAAGUGGGGCAGCUGUCGGAAGCAAUCGGGAGAGAAUUUGCAAAGAUGCAUAAAUUCCUGAACGAGCGAGAGGAGGCUAUGAGAUGUCGGCUGAGAGAAAAAGAGGAGAAUGUCCUGAUGAGACUGGACGAGGUGCUGGCAGUAAUUAACAAUGAUAUGUCGACUCUUGAGGAAAGAAUUUUGGAGAUAAAAUCGCGACUAGACAUAAGUGAAGCAGCCGAGGUUCUCAAGGAUGCAGAAGACUUCCUGACAACAUGUGAUGUCCAGUGCCAAGAGGUGGAGGAGUUCGCCACUGAGUUGACCAGCAAAGUCUUUAGUGAGCCUAUCCAGUUUUUCAACGUAUGGAGGGAUAUGAGGAGAAUAAUUGAACCAAACCGAGCAUAUCUCAGCCUGGACCCAGAGACAGCAAAUGGGCAACUCUUUGUGUCCCAAGAUCUGCUCAGUGUGAAGCUUGAUGAUGAAAAACUGGAUGAGGAGCAAGAUCUUUUUGAUCCACCUGCGCGUUUCAAACGAUCCUUGUGUGUUUUGAGUUCACAAGGUUUCACGUCAGGCAGACACUAUUGGGAGGUGGGUCUCGGAAACAAGACAGAUUGGGUUAUAGGCAUAUGUAAGGAGUCUGUGAACAGAGAGAUAGCUUUCCUCGCUGUACCUUCACGUGGAUAUUGGGUCAUGAGUUUGUUUAAUGAUAAUUAUUACAGGGCAGUAAGCAUUACAUCCACUCCCAUUCCCAUUGAAAGGAAGCUCUGUAAGCUAGGGAUUUAUCUGGACUUUGAAGGGGGGAAGGUGUCAUUUUACAAUGCAGAUGACAUGUCUCACCUCUACACUUUCAGCGACAAAUUUACCGAGAAACUUUAUCCCAUAUUUUGUCCAUGUGAUAAUUUAACCGGCAAAAACUAUGAGCCACUUACACUGCUUACUGUUUAACCAUUUAUCAUUGGGAGGGGUGGAGAAGUUUGGAUUUGACCAGGAAUUCAAAUCAGAUGGAAUCUCAUCGGUUGUCUGCUUUAUGUUCUGUCCAGUGCUCAGUCUCAUUGACUUUAAAGCAGAUGACUCCUAGCUGUGUUAUAUGUUGGAAGGGACUAACAACUUUGCACUAAUUACUAUUGUACUAAUGCAGGUAAAUCAUGGGCUCAUAUUUAACUGAUCUGUGACAUGCCUGCUGUAGGGUGCUGAGGGCCACUUUACAGGGAUGGGUUCCACUGGUUUAACUAAUAUUUUCCUAAAUACUGGGGGAGGAUCUGCAAAGUUUUAAAAUUGGUAGCAGAAUUGAAUAGAAAUAAGAACAUAAGGAACAGGAGCAGGAGGAGGCCAUCUGGCCCAUCAAGCCUGCUCCGCCAUUCAAUAAGAUCAUGACUGAUCUGGCCGUGGACUCGGAUCCACCUACCUGCCUUUUCCCCAUAACCCUUAAUUCUCCUACUAUGCAAAACUCUAUCCAACUGUGACUUAAAUAUAUUUAAUGAGGUAGCUUCCACUGCUCUCCUGGGUAGGGAAUUCCACAGAUUCACUACUCUCUGGGAAAAACAGUUGCUCUUUGUCUCUGUCCUAAAUCUAUUUCCCCAAAUCAUGAGGCUAUGUCCCCUAGUUCUAGUCUCACCUAGCAGUGGAAACAACUGUCCUGCCUCUAUCUUACAUGUCCCUUUCACAACGUUAUAUGUUUCUAUAAGAUCCCCUCUCAUUCUUCUGAAAUGAAAUGGACAUAACUACUUUAAAUAUACAGGGCUUUAUUUUAUUUGUCAUGCCUGUUUCAGGAACAUGCUUCGUCAUCAGUGAGGCCCUGCUGUAACAGAGGGAUGAUGUGUGUCAUAGAGUCACACAACGUGGAAGCAGGCCCUUCGGCCCACUGUCUGUACUGGUCUGAAUUUGCACACAACAGCUCCAACAAAGAGCAUUAAGAUAACGCCCAGUUUCCCCCCACUCGUGUUCAAUGGCUACGGGAUGUUAUGUCAUAUCUAAAUUUAGAGAAGAUCCGUUGUUCUAUUUCUGGAUCUAAUCUGAACUUUCAAAUAUUAUGGGGACCUUUGUUGAACUACUUUCAAAACCAUUGAUUUGGCACUUAAAGUACAGAUACUAGCUAAUACUAUUAUGUCUUUAGGGCUUUUUUUUUCUCUUUUUUUCUUAACAAACUGCUUCGGUUUUGGUAGUGGGUUUAGAAUUUUUUAAUAAUAAAACUAUUCCAAUUUAUUAAUAUUAUUUCUGUUUAUCAAUAUGAGGUAUUGUGAUUUCAAGGGUGAUUCAAUACAAUGUAUUUUGUAGCAUUUUG